GACAUGCAACAAAUAGCUAAGGGAGCUCUGCUCAGAUUCAGGGGACUGAAGCGAUUCAUGGUUUCACAGCCAUUAUCAUCCAAAUCUACACACGAAAACUGCGACACAGAGGAAACGCCAAGCGUAUACGUUCACAGUAUGCAUAUGAACGUCGAUAUCUAGGGAGGCGGAGCGGUUUUCGUCUCAGUUAUCGCGGGGUUUGCAAACCCUAGCACCGCCGGUACAUCGGUGGUUCGAGUUUUAGUAAGUUAUUAUUCAGGAGAAGCGAAGGUCCUCCUCCGGGAGGUAGAAACAGUGAGCGAAGAUGAGGAUUAUGAUAAAGGGAGGAGUAUGGAAGAACACGGAGGACGAGAUCCUGAAGGCAGCGGUCAUGAAGUAUGGCAAGAACCAGUGGGCCCGUAUCUCCUCCCUUCUUGUUCGUAAAUCUGCCAAGCAGUGCAAAGCUCGUUGGUAUGAGUGGCUCGACCCUUCCAUCAAAAAGACUGAGUGGACUAGAGAAGAAGAUGAGAAGCUGCUUCACCUUGCAAAGCUUAUGCCCACACAGUGGAGAACCAUUGCACCUAUUGUGGGCCGUACGCCAUCACAGUGCCUGGAACGCUAUGAGAAGCUCCUUGAUGCAGCAUGUGCCAAGGAUGAGAAUUAUGAAGCAGGUGAUGAUCCAAGGAAACUGAGGCCAGGAGAGAUUGAUCCAAAUCCAGAAUCAAAGCCUGCUCGUCCUGAUCCUGUUGAUAUGGAUGAGGAUGAGAAAGAGAUGCUUUCUGAAGCACGCGCACGGCUUGCCAAUACAAGAGGCAAGAAGGCCAAAAGGAAAGCUAGAGAGAAACAACUCGAAGAGGCUCGGAGGCUAGCUUCUUUACAAAAGAGGAGAGAGUUGAAGGCAGCUGGAAUUGAUGUUCGACAUCGAAAGAGAAAAAGGAAGGGUAUUGACUAUAAUGCUGAAAUACCCUUUGAGAAGAAACCACCUCCAGGAUUUUAUGAUGUUACUGAUGAAGACCGUACGGUGGAACAACCUAAGUUCCCAACAACUAUUGAAGAACUUGAAGGUGAAAGACGAGUAGAUAAGGAGGCCCGUCUGAGAAAGCAGGAUAUUGCUAGGAAUAAAAUUGCCCAAAGGCAGGAUGCCCCUUCAGCCAUUCUCCAUGCCAACAAGCUUAAUGAUCCUGAAACAGUGAGGAAGAGGACUAAACUGAAUCUUCCUGCUCCACAAAUUUCAGAUCAUGAAUUGGAGGCUAUUUCUAAGUUUGGCAUUGCCAGCGAUCUCAUUGGGAGUGAGGAACUUCUGGAAGGGAAUGCUGCAACUCGUGCCCUUGUUGCAAAUUAUACCCAGACUCCACGGCAGGGGAUGACUCCACUAAGAACCCCACAAAGAACACCUGCAAACAAGCAGGAUGCUAUAAUGAUGGAAGCAGAAAACCAAAGAAGAUUGAGUCAGUCUCAAACACCACUACUGGGAGGGGAGAACCCAAUGUUGCAUCCUUCUGACUUUUCUGGUGUGACUCCUAAAAAGAAGGAGAUACAAACACCAAACCCCCUCUUGACCCCUUCAGCAACACCAGGAGGGACAGGUCUCACUCCUAGAAUUGGCAUGACCCCUUCAAGUGAUGGAUAUUCUUUUGGAAUGACGCCAAAAGGGACUCCAAUGAGGGACGAGCUGCACAUUAAUGAAGAAAUGGACAUGGAUGGCGGAAAAGUUGGGCGUUCGGAUUCCAGACGAGAACUACGUUCCGGUUUACAAGGUCUUCCAAAUCCGAAGAAUGAAUACCAGAUUGUCAUGCAACCACUACCUGAAGAAAGUGAAGAACCAGAGGAGAAGAUUGAAGAGGAUAUGUCUGAAAGGAUUGCAAGGGAGAAGGCAGAAGAAGAAGCAAGGCAGCAAGCAUUACUCCGGAAAAGAUCAAAAGCACUACAGAGGGAUCUCCCAAGACCUCCUGCUGCUUCAUUGGACCUAAUUAAGAGUUCAUUAAUAAGAGCUGAUGAAGACAAGAGCUCCUUUGUUCCUCCUACACUAAUUGAGCAGGCUGAUGAGCUGAUAAGAAAAGAGCUUCUAUCUUUGUUAGAACAUGAUAAUGUGAAGUAUCCUAUUGAUGAGAAAUCAGAAAAAGAGAAGAAGAAAGGUACCAAAAGAAAAUCUGUUCCUGUGCCUGUGAUUGAAGAUUUUGAAGAAGAUGAGCUCAAGGAGGCUGAGGAUUUGAUCAAGGGUGAGGCUCAGUUUCUGCGUGUGGCAAUGGGGCAUGAGACUGAAUCUGUAGAUGAAUUUGUCGAAGCACACAAAACAUGCUCAAGUGACAUCAUGUACUUCCCUACACGGAAUGCCUAUGGUCUUUCCAGUGUUGCUGGAAACAUGGAGAAGCUCAGUGCUCUGCUGUCUGAAUUUGAGAAUGUGAAGAAGAAAAUGAAUGAUGACACUAAGAAGGCUCAGAAGCUUGAGCAGAAGGUUAAGGUUCUAACAAAUGGAUACCAGUUUCGAGCUGGAAAAUUUUGGUCACAAAUUGAGGCAACUUUCAAGCAGAUGGACACUGCUGGGACUGAACUUGAAUGCUUCCAAGUGUUGCAAAAGCAAGAGCAGCUUGCAGCAUCAAACAGGAUCAAUAAUAUCUGGGAAGAAGUUCAGAAGCAGAAAGAGCUUGAGCGUACCUUACAGAAACGCUAUGGAGACCUCUUGGUAGAGAAAGAAAGAAUUGAACAUCUCAUGGAUGAGUACAAAAAGCAAGCACAAAUGCAAGAAAUUGAGGCAAAGAAUCGUGCUCUCGAACUUGCUAAGGCUGAGGGUGAUGCUGCAGACAAUAAAAUGAUUGUUGCACCGAGUAAUGAAGAUCCUGAACCUGUUGCCUCCGUAAAUGAACAUGAAAGUUCCACGGCAGUUGACCCAGCUCAAGAAAGUCCUAACAAGCAGACAGAAGAUGUAAGUUCCAUGGCAGUUGACCCAGCUCAAGAAAGUCCUAACAAGCAGACAGAAGUUGAAAGUUCCAUGGCAGAUGACACAGCUCAAGAGAAUCCUAACGAGCAGACAGAUAAUGCUCAGGAACAGCCAAGUGGAAGCCCAAAAGCUGGAAUGGAUAUCGACGAGGUAGGGAAUACUACAGACACAAAUGAUUUAUCUCACACAACACCUGCUGCCAGGGAGUCUUGUUUGACUGAUGAGGUGCAUGCCGAAAAUGCAUGCAACGAAUCCGAAAGUGGCAUUGUUUCUUCUGGUAGUCCCCAGUUAAUGAAUGCAGAUGACAAUCCAACAAGUGGCAAUGACGGUUCAGCUUCGGCUUCGGCCGAAGCUUCUGUGUCUCCCAUUGCAGAGGACCAGGUCUCUUGAACUUGCUAAUAUAUGACAAAAAGAUGCAUUGCUGGAUGUUGGCACGGGACUCCAAUAAACUUUCCUAAGACUUGUACUCAUCUUGUUCAAAUCAUGAGGUUUUGAGAUCUUGUUACACAUUUUGAGAUUUUGGACACAAAAAAACAAACAUAUUUUUCAGACUGUAUCAUUGAAAUUCAUGUUGGAGCUGUGAUCCCCUCUCUUCCCAUUGGGGAAUUAGUUGCAAAUUGUUUGGCAGGGUGGUAGGGGGAAUGGUCUGAAGUUUGUUGAUGUCAACCCGUAUACUGUUUUGGUAAAUAGGCCUUGUUUACAUGGUCAGGCAUUGAAUCCAUUGUAUUUCCU